CUGUGUGACCAUGCAUCACAGGCAUUUUAGAAAAGCGUAGGCUAAAUGUAUCACAAAUUACAAAUUAAAUGUGCAAAACUAAGAAAUAAGUCAGUUUUGAUAUUGCUCACUUUUCCUCUCUCUGUAUAACUGUUCCUGGAAAUUGGCCCCUUUCCUGCUGGGAAGUUUAUAUUCCUGUUCAUGAGGUCAUUUCUUCCUGUAAUUUAGCAUGUGAGCUUUCUGGUGUGCGUGUGUGUGUGAAUGUGUGUGUGUGUAAUGGGGCACUUCCUUCCUUUACGUCCAUCUGGAUAAGAGAAACAGCAGCAUAAAGGAAACUGUCAAGUUACUGAGAAAAGGAAAAGAAAGUAAGAGAAAGAGUGAGCUGAUGGACUCCGGGCGCCUGACAACAAUUUAAACAAGCAGUUUCCAAUGAAGCCAGGCAACAGCCUUCCACACAAGCCAUGACUUUAUCUGAACAGAGGAAGUAAAAUCGACUUGUGAUGAAUCUUGCUGUUACAAGCAGACAUGCGUUACCUUCUCCUCGGUGUCAUCAGCUGUUUCUGCCUUCUUCACACUGGUCUCAGUGUGGAAGAAUGCAGCCAUGAUGUUCUGGCAACGCGUGAGACAUUUGAUGUCCCAGCAGGGGGCAGUCAGUCUCUGUCCUGUGUGGUCCAGCACUGUGGAGACUACUGGAAAGGUACCUGGAUACGAACUAAUUCGACAGGUGAAGAGUUAAGUGUAAGGCACCGUGUGAGGCAUGUGAUGCUCUCAGCCAAUCAAACUAAAUUAAUUUUAGAUUUACUGAGUGUCACCCAAUUAGAUGAAGGUUCCUAUGGAUGCAAAGUUAAAUGGGCUGAUGGUGAAACUCAGCAGGGACAUCUGAAAUAUGUGAAUGUCACUGCAGCUGUCACCUCUCAGAGGACUGUAUUGCACAGGGUUCUGGUCUGUGCCAGUGCUUCUCUUUGCCUUCCCAUCAUUCUGGGAUUGGCUUAUUGUCUGAGUUCAAAAGUCAAGCCUCAGACACUUCCCAGGACGCUAUCCACUCAUGCAGCUGUAGACACAGACCAACCACACCCAGCUCCACAGCCUCCACCUCGAUGCCCUGUACCACAGAAACGUAGCAAAUCCCCUCGCAAAGCUGCCCCCAAGUCCCAACAAAAGACUGAGGUGGUGUAUGCAGACAUUUCCCAGGAUGCACUGAGACAGCAGGGAGCCACCAGAGCGCCUGACCAGUCCACUGUGUACUCAUCCCUCAGAUUUUCCUGACUGCUGUUGAAAAAUUGUCUGCUGAGGAUCAGUUAUGUGGGACUUGCUUGAUCUUUGACGUCUUCGGGAGGCAUUCGAUAAAGACUUGUGUAACCUGGGAGCUUCUCAUUGCAGGACUGCAUCUGAGACAUUCUGACUGUUGUUUGACUUCACCCACGUUUUGUAUAAAACCAUUAAAGCAGAGGACAAAAUAAGACCCAAAAUAA